AGACCGAAAAAACCCUUCAAAACGUGAAAAGUGCAGUGCGGAAAACUAAAAGAAAAUAUAAAAUUUGGCGAGCGGCGAGAUAAAUGAAAUGAAAAGUUAAAAAUAAAUAUAUAUGCCAUGCGGCGAGAAAAAGAAGCAGCAGCGAGGGACGUGAUUUCUCUUGUGUCUCCUUCGCACUCACUCUCGUCCCCGUCCCCGUCCGCGUUCCGUCCCGCUUCCGCCCGCGAGAUGCUGCUGCCAUGAAGAAGAGACGCAGGAAAGCGAAAUAAAACGGAAUUCAUUCACGCACAUGUUUUUGUGGCCAUUGCUGUGUUGUUGCCUUCGGACCGCCUUUGCCUUUGUCCGCUCGUUUAUCCUGCCAUCCUUUAUGGGCUCACAAUUCUGAUUCGAUUUUUCCCACUCAUCUGGCGCUCUCUUACUCGCCCUCUCUCGGGUUGUCUUUAUGCGGCAGCAUCUCUCUCCCUCUCUCUCUGUCUCGUAGGUCUCUCUCUCUCAGCUGCUUUGUUUCGAAUAUAAAAUGGAAAUAAAAUAAGAAAAUUGGGAACAAAAUCAGAUGUAAAAAGUUCGGUGCGUUAAAUAAGAAAAACUCGGAGUAAAAUAUCAGGGGAAAACUGCAAAAGCGCGCAAAAAGAAGAGAAUAUCCAAGGGAUGCGUUGCAGACAAUCAAAAGCCUUUGUGUGUGCGAGAGUGUGUGUGAUAAAAAAAAAACAAAUAAACAAAAAUCACAGAAAAUAACAGAAAAAUCUAGAAAAUCUAGAAAAUUUCAAAAUAUCCAUUAGUUUUGCUUUGGAAUAAAUACUCAAAAAAGAUACUAGGAAUUUAUUAUUAAAAAUUGUAAACUGUCUGCUACCCGUGUCCCCUCUUCCACCUCCUCCUGCGCUUCGCAUCAUCAUCAUCAUCAACGCCCCAUCUCUUUUGUCUCGCGUUUGCGCCGUCUUUUUUGCGCAUUUCCCUUUUGGCAAGCUGUUUCGGUUCUGUUUUCGUUUUCGAAAAAUUAAAACAUCCAAAAGGGAGGACCGUUGCGUUCCGUUCCGUGUAGUUUCAGUCCAGUUUCCCAGGAGCCCAAAGUGCAAAAAAAAAAAAAACAGGAAUGAAAGCCACCCCUAAAAACAACAAACAAGAAUUUGUACUUCAACUUACAGUGAAGCCUUUAAAAGGGAAUUUUUAGUGGAAUAUUAAGCUAAAAUAAAUAUAAAUAAUUAAACUAACGCUUAAACUAUAAAGUUAACUUAUAAAACUUUAGUUUUAUGCUUUUAAAAAAUGAUAAAGAUGAUUCCUUGUAUAAAUCAGAUAUUACCGGCUCAUGAUUUGCCGUAGAUUCAUUUUUUUAUGGAAAAAUCUUUUCACUAUUGUUUUAAAAUAUUUAUAUCUCGAAAUUUCUAAAGAUUUUGUGAAAAGUUUACAUAAAUUUCUGGUCAACAAAAUUUUUGUUGUAUCUUAGUUGAAUAAAAUACAAAUUAUAAUGUCUUUUUUAAUAUUAAAAUCCUUGAAUUUGAAAUAAUAAUAACAAUACGUCUUUAAAAUGCCUUACUUAACUCAGAUAAAGGGAUUUAAACUGCAUAACUAAAUGUUUAAAAUGUUCCCCAAUCAAAAUACCAAAUUUAUAUGAUACAGUAACCACUCGAAAUAUUCCCCACCUUCACUUUUAUCGAUUGUUAACUGUCCUUCGCCCCCUCGCUGCCUUGUCUUUGCCUCUCAAUGUGCCGCCGCGCUCCGUCUCGCUUGCUCGCACGUGCGACUUUGAAUAUAUUUUGUGGCAAGAAAAUAAUAGUUUUGCGUGCUCGGAUAUAUAAAAUUUAAAGUGCAAAAACGUGUUCUAUAUUCUCUUAUUUUCCCAAUUUUUUUACUUUUAAAUUAUUUCCACCGCAGUUAAGUGUAUAUCCCAAGAAAAGGAGAAACAAAAAUUGUGCCAAAACCAAAAACCAAGUAAAAAAUAUAAAGAAUCAAACCAGAAUCAAAUACAAAUUGAAAACAAAUGAAAUAUUUCAAAAAUCGAAAGUAAAGUGAACUUUCUACCCUUGAAAAAGAGAGUAGACACCCCCUCCCCUGCAUAUACACGCAGAGAAAUUAGCAAGGAGAGUUACACAUCAUAUUUGCGACGCGCCCACUGUGAAUAUAAAAAGCCGUCAAACUGUGGGGCUCAGGGGCAUUUUUUCUUCCUCCGCAAGGAAUGUAUUAUCCGCACAUGGUGCAGGCGGGCGUGGCGCCUUUCCCAGGCGCUCCGGCCGGCUAUGCCGCCGCACCAGGUCCAGCGGCAGCAGCUGCAGCAGCGGCGGCCGCCGCCCAGCAGCAGCAUGCCCAACAGCAGCAGCAGCAGCAACAACAACAGCAGCAGCAGCAGCAGCAACAGGUGGGCGGUGCCAGUGUAGGCGGUGGAGCCACCAGUGCUGCCGACAGUCUCUCACUGGCAGUGGCUGCAGCGGCUGCCAAACAGCAGGCUGAGCCAGUUAACCAGAAUGCCGGUGAUGGUGCCGGAGCAGGAUCUGGAGCAGGCGGAGCAGCUGCUGGCGGCAACAGUAACUGCAGCAGCAACACAUCAGGAGCGCCAGGAACCGGCGGUGGAGGAUUGAGCACAGAAUAUUCACCUGGCGGCGGUGCAGCAUCAACAGCAGACGUUGUCUGUUCACUGUACAUGCAACAGAAGAAGACAAAUCUGUCAACACAAACACAGACCCCGCAGUUGUACAAUGGAAUCAGCCUUGCAGAACCAAGAGUCCCUCCCAGCAGCAGCAGCAGUCCCAUUUUGCAGCCAUCUCUGACAAAUGGACAUGCCAUGGACCAAGUGCAGCAGCAGCAGCAGCAGCAGCAGCAGCCAGAACACCAGCAUCUGCAAUCAUCGCUGCUGCCCCCACGAAAUGUGCUCAGCAUAUCCACAGUAUUGAUCGCCAAUGAGGCAGCAGAUUCCCAACAGAGCUCCGCGAUGGCCAACGCCGCCGGCGGCACUGGCUCCGCCGGUAUAGGCGGCGGCGGUGGAGGAGGCGGCGGCACGCCAGGAUCACCGCUCAGCAGCUCCCCGUCCAGCGCAUCACAGCAGGCAGCAGCAGCAGCCGCCGCCGCAGCAGCUGCAGCAGCAGCAGGAUUGACCCUUAAUGGCAGUGCCAACGAGGGCAGCAUGUCGGGAAAUACAUCGCCGGUGGCCAGCGGUGAACCGCUUCUACAGACGCCGCCCGCCCUUCAACAGCAACAGCCACUCCUGUGCAGCAGUCCCACAUCCGUACAAUCGGCAGCCACCUCGGUCACAGGCAGCUCGAUAUCAAGCGGUACCCUGGCAGCCACCAGCAGCAGCGGCGUUGGGCUGCUGCCCACCACCGGACUGGACAGCAUGGCCAAUGGUGGAAACAAUGGGGGAGUGGUACCGGCCAGCACAUCACAGGUGAUUGCACAUCUGAAUGCAGCUGCUGCCGCGGCCAGCGGCAUUAUGACAACCUCGAUGCAGUCGCCCACCGCAGCAGGAGCAGCGGCCACUAGUCUCAGCAGCGCCCUAGUCCCGACCCAGUCGGUGCCCUCGGUGGCCGCCGCCGUGGCCGCAGCAGCCUCCCUUGAUGCCAAGAGCCAGCCCAAGCGGCUACAUGUCUCCAAUAUACCGUUUCGUUUCCGGGAUCCCGAUCUAAGGGCCAUGUUUGGGCAAUUUGGCACCAUUCUGGAUGUGGAAAUUAUAUUCAACGAGCGCGGCAGCAAGGGAUUCGGUUUUGUAACAUUCGCUAACAGCAACGAUGCAGAACGAGCACGCGAACGUCUACACGGCACCGUGGUUGAGGGACGCAAAAUCGAGGUGAAUAACGCCACUGCACGUGUACAAACCAAAAAAGUGACAACAGUACCCAACGUUGUACUGACCAAAGAUGGUGCCAUACCGGCCCCAGCUCUAGUCUGCGUACAAUGGCCCGAAGCCGCCGUUGCCGCCGCCAUGCGUGGAGUGGCCAUCCAGCGCGGACAUGUGGGCGUGGUCGGCGCCAGUCCCUACCAUCAUCCCCAUCAUCCGCAUCAUCAUCUGCUGGCAGCCUCCGCCGCCGCUGCACAGCAGCAGCAGCAACGUCAGGUGGCCGCCGCCGCUGUGGCCGCAGCAGCCGCCCAACAGCAGGUCGCCGCCCAUCAUCAGCAGCAGCAGCAGGCGCAACAGCAGCAGGCGCAGCAGCAGCAGCAGGCCAUCUCCGCCGUUGCUGCCGCCCAACAGCAACAGCAGCAUCAAGUCUCGGUCUCCCAGCAGCAGCAACAUCAGGUGGCCGCCGCCGCUGCCCAGCAGCAACAUCAACAGCAGCAACAGCAACACCAGCAGCAGCAACAGCAACAACAGCAGCAAGUGGCCGCCGCCCAGCAGCAACAUGCAGCCGCCGCCGCCGCCGCUGCUGCAGCCGCCUCGCAUCCGCAUGCUGCCCAUGUCCAUGCCCACGCCCUAGGCCCACAGUUGGCGCAACUUCAGGCCGUGGCCGUGCCCACCGCUGCCGCCCAGCAGCAACAUUCGGCCUUGCAGCAAUCCUUGGCCGCCGCCGCCGCUGCCGCUGCAGCCGCUGCUCAGAAUCAAGGAGGAGUUGGUGGUAAUCCCAACGCUGCUGCCGCCGCCGCGGCCGCCUAUGCCGCACGCCUGUCGGCGGCGGGCGCCACACAGUCACCGCAAACGGCCGCUGCUGCUGCGGCUGCUGCUUCCAUGGCUGCCUCGGCGAAUGCGGCCAAUAAUGCUGCCGCCCUGCAUGGAUUCGCGCCUGUAUACUAUGAUCCCUUCUUAGCAGCCGCUGCUUCCGCUGAUCCGAAUCUACGCUUCCAGGCAGCCAAACCGGUCACUGAAGUUCCAGCCGCUCAGCCAGCCGCCAUAUUAAAUCGCCGCACUGUGACUACGCUAAACAGUAACCCACAUACGAUCAACCGCAUUCCGGUUCCACAGAAUGUUUUGGCCACUGCUCCGCUGCUAAAGACACCGCUGUCUCAGGCCCAGCAGCAGGCAUAUGCCACGGCGGCCACCACCUAUACGGCGGUAGCUGCCCGGGCCGCCUAUGGAGCCGCUGCCGCAGCAGCCGCCCAGCCGGCACUCGCCGGCUAUGCCACCGUAGCUGGAUAUGCGCGCGAGUAUGCAGAUCCUUAUCUAGGACAUGGCAUUGGACCAGUGCCUGGCUAUGGGGCAACCAUGUAUCGCGGCGGCUUCAAUCGUUUCACGCCAUAUUAAGAACAAUCUACGCCAGUCAUCCAAAUAAUGCACUCGAACUACUCUCGACGAAUAAAAUGCUCAAUAAUAUUAAUAAUAUGAACAACAAGCAGCAAGCAAAGCGAAUAAGUUAGUAACUUAGACGUAAAAUACUCCUCUCCCUACGAAGCAGUAAGUAGAAGUUGCAACCAAAAACUAAACCGAUAGAUGAAAGAUACUCAACACACACACAACAACAACAACAACAACAUCAGAGGACAACAGCCACAAGAACAACAUCCUUGGACCUUGGAGAGUUGAAAAUCAAAGCUAAGCAACAAAGAAAAAAAAAACAAAAAAAAAACAUAAACAAAUCAAUGUCGUCCAGUAAAAAGCUAAACCAAAAACAAAACAAAAAAAAUAUACGCAGCUAAAGGCAGUUCUAUGGAGUUUAUAUAAGUAAACCAAACAAAAAAUAUUAAAAAAAAACUAAAAUUCAAAUUGCAAAUUAGUUUUGCAGAAAAGAAGAAUGUGCUUCAUGCGUAGAUUUUUACCAGAACAAAAAAGCUGAUCAGAAUUUAUAUAUAUACACUUACCGACAUGAUAUAUAGUUAUUAUAUAUAGGGCAUUGUAUUUGUAUAUCAAAAAGCAAAACCAGCUAAAAAAGAGAGCAAUGUUUUUAGGUACUUUUUCAUCAUCAUCAAAACUAAAAAGAGAAAACUAAACUCUAUAUAUAUUUUUAAAGCUUUUGGUUGUUGAUUUCAUAACUUUGUUGUACUAAGUUAGGUCCUUAUGAUUUAUGAUUUAUAUUCUAAAAAAGAAAAAACAAUUAGCACUGUAGGUUGUAGUAAGACGGGAAAGCGACAAAACAUUUACAAAAUCAAAACAAAUUGUACAUUUUAAUUUGCAAGAUAUAGAUAUUUAUUUUAGAUUGAUAUUUCUAAUUUUGAUUACCCCAAAGAAUACUCAUUUCUGUAUUGUAUUUGUAUUUUUGUCAACGAAUUUAUUUUUUAAUGCGUUGCUUGGUUGUUCCUAAUACCUUAAAUAUUUUAAUUUUCGGCAGCUAAUUAACCACAAAACUCGACUCAAUUCGAAUUGCUCAAAAGAAGAAGAAAACCCAUAAAUUGUAGCGCAUAGGUAAAUGCAAAAGAUCAACACGUAGACAUAUCCUUGGAAUAUACAAUAAUAUUUACUUUAAAAUGCAGCAAAAAGCAAGAAAAACAAAUUAAGAAAAACUAGGGAAAACCCCCCCAAAAAAAAAAAAAAUAUAUAUUAUAUAUAUUAGUUUUAAAACAAAGAAAAAGGUCAAGCUUCCAGUGACACACAAAAAAGCCAUUGAUUGAAUAAUGUGGAAAAAUCGAAUAAUAAGCAUUAAAAAACUACAAUUUUUAGCUCUUACUCCGUAGCACUUUCCUUGUGUGUUGUGUAAAAAUUAAUAACAAAUAAGAAGCAAUUCGUUUCGAUGUUGUUUCGAAGCCAGCAACUUCCCUAAGCAAACUAAGAAUUUAUUUUAUACACACACACACACACACUCGAAUCUAAUGCACAAAAAGAAAUACUUUUAACGUUGUGUAUUUUUCAAAAUGUUAAAAUGAUUAAAAUGCUCAAAAAUGGGAGUUGACUCGCUCUAUAUAUUUGAUUCUUAGGCAGCUACUGUCUUCAAAAACAAAUUUAUACUAGUUGUUUAUCAACCAUAACUAUGCUAUGAAAAAACAAAAACAAAAACAAAGCUACUAAUUAAUUGUGUGUGUGUAAACGUGCAAUUCUUUAAGUGUUCUUCUUCGACAAAAAAAACCUACUAAAAAAACCUAAACUUGAAAAAGAGAGAAAGAGCUUCAACUUUGAUGGUGUUUUCUUUAAACUUUUCUGUCUCAGAUUGUACAUAUUUACAAUGACACAAUGAUAUAUGAAAUAUGAUAUAUGAUAUAUAAUAUUUUAUUUAAUUCCUCUCAGAAACACACACACACAAUGGCAUAGACAGGCUAAGGUCCUUGAGUGAAAUCGAAGAAUUAAUUAAAGGCAUCAUUACUCUUUGUACUUUUUUGUUUCUCAUAAUUACACUGCAUUGAUAUAUGAUAUAUAUAUAUAUAUCUAAUUUUACGUUGACAUUUUUAAAGCCAAAGUUUAUAUUUUAAAUGAUUUUAGUUAGGUAUUAAACAUUAGUUUAGAUGCUGACCAGGGACAGGCAAGGAGAUGAAAAAACAAUAAAGAAAAAAUGAGAAAAACUAAACAAAUCGAACCCAACAAUUGCCAAAUUAAAUGUAGCUUUCAAGUGAAUUAAAAUAAUAAUAAAAGACGUAAUUAAAUUUAAUGAAUUUUUCAAAUAGCGCAAAACAAAAAAUAGUUUGCCAAAAAGCAUAGCAUACUUUUUGGCGCCCCCACAACAAACACACACAGACAGAACAUUUUGGGUUUGAGAGCCAGGCAAAAGAUCUAGUUAUAAAGCAAAACUUAAAUAUAAUAAAUACGGUAUGGUAUAUACAUUUAAAUUAUAAACUCAACUUCCACCGCAAACUUUUAAAAAACAAAGAAAAACAAAAGAAAAAAACCAAAACUCUAAGAAAAACACAAUUUUUGUCUUAAGAAGAAAGUUAGCUCACGAGUAAAUUAAACAAAAAUAAAUGCAAAUGCAACUCAAUCAAACACUGCAGCUACAAUAUAUGAUGUAUAUGAUUAUAGUAAAGCUCCAAAAAACUCCUCAUUUAAAACGAUUUGAAACUGUUUUUUUUACGUAAUCUGUGUAGUCAGCUUUUUUGUUUUAACUUUCACACACAUAGAUUCAGGCGCUUAGGCGUCGCAUAAAGUAUAAAUAUAAAGUAUAUAAUAUAUAAUAUAUAUAUUAUAUUAUAUGGAAACUCUAAUCUUUAAUGAUGUGCCAAAUUGUAAGUUGUAACAUUUGUUUUUAAUGAGCAAAUGCAAACACACAAAAAAUUGAAAUAAAAAUAUGAAUUAAAAAACAAACAAAAAAAAUGCAUAAAACAUUGAAAAUAGCAUUCCUCCUUCUACUUCCUCCCCUCCCCCAAAAAAAGGAAAUAUCUACUUUCUUUGAACAAAAUUUUUAGAAGGUAAAGUAAAAAUAUUUUUUAAAUUUAGCGAGGCUGCUUAACUAAUGGCCAAGCCAAGAGCCGUCACCUUACAAAACCAAAAAUUGAUACCCGGAGGAGAGACGAUAACCAAAGUAUUAUUAACUAUUAUAUUAGCAACCAAAAGGUAAAUCCCCGCUCAAAUUUCAUUUUCAAUGAGAAUUUUCAAAUACACACACAGAGAAAUUCCGAAAUUGUAUUUGGUUUAUAUAUCAAUUUUCAAUUUGUAAGGUUGUGACAAAUUGUAAACAAACAUAGAAACAAAAAGAGAAAAAACAAGAGAGAAAUACACAAAACCAAUGGGCAAUCACUUGCAGAGAAAAUGUAAUAUUGUUUUGUGAAUGUGCAAAUAAAAAGUAUAAAAAAAUACAAAUAAAUAAAGCAAAGAGCAAGUGAGGACAACAUUUGAGAUUCAUACAGAAUACAUUUUGAAAUGAAACGCCACACAAAAAGAGAGAGAAUGAACGAGAGAAAUGCAAUAAAAACAUAACUUUAAAAAAUGCAAAAUAAA